AUGCCUAAUUUAAAUUUUGGACCUCGUAUUGACGGCGAAACCUUGCACGUAAGACGACAACUAGAGCAUUUGCACUGUAGAUUGGCACAUACAAGAUCACAUAUCGUAUUUUUGAAACAGUGUAAAAAAUUAGAUCUCAUACCAGAUGGACUGUUAAUCAAGAACCCACUGUUGAACACAUCUUCAAGACCAAGUAAAAGCAACAAGAUCAUCCUUGAGGCUUCUAAAAAACAAAUCGCAACUGAUGACGCAUACAAUAAUCAGCACAGAAUAAAUAAGGACAUCGCCAAUGUCACUGAUCAACUAUCAAAACUUGUAUCCAGGAAUGAUGGUAAGCAAAUCAACAACUUUCUAUACUCUACAUAUAAUGAAGAGCUCCACAAAUGCUUCAGAUCUAAACGUGAAAAAAUCAAGAAGUUGUCUAGAAGAGAUCCACUACUGCGAGGGCUAUGUGACAAUCCUAAUUCAGCUCUAUUUAGUUGCUUCCCGAAAACUACUGCUAACGAUAAUGACAGCCGUCCAACAAUUAUUGCUAAUUUAUCUAAUCGCGACUUAACGACAGACCAAAUAUCCGUCCUACAGAAGGGCUUAUCAUAUUGUCCAACCCGCAAGUCUGAUCCAAUUAAUCUCUGCUCUGAUCUGGAUGACUUUACAAGGAGAAUUCAACUCAAAGAGUAUUUCAAAGAUGCACCACUUAAUAACUCAGAAAAACAAGGCAAUGCACGUUGCAAUAGGAGAGAGACAACAAAAAAUGACAAGAAACGUUGGACACCACCUAGCAACAGGAACACUUAUAUAGAUAACUUUGUGAACGCUGCCAAAUCGCACCUGGAUAUGUUCAUUCAAAACAAUAUUAUUGAUGUAAAACCUAAUAAGCAAAUUUCGAAUGACAACCUUAAGAAAAAUGAACGCACGGCCAUUAAAGAACUCAGACAGAAUACCACCAUUACUAUUAAGCAAGCUGAUAAGGGCGGUGCUAUCACGAUUCUUGAUACUGAUAUGUAUAGCAAUGAAAUAAAUCGACAGCUAUCCGAUGUAUCAACAUAUACCACAUUACCGUCCGAUCCAACUGACACAUACAGAGAAAAACUAU